AUGUCGCCUACCGCCUCGCCGUCGUCUGCCCAAGAAUACGUGUUCAAGCUCGGGUCCAUCCACGAUGGGACAGGAUUCGCACUGGCGGACUCCGCUCAGAUGGCUGCCACGGGCCGCAAGACGUGGAAGGCUCUGAAGGGGAAGAGCGAGGCUGUCUGGCCUGCGUUCAUUGAAGCCUCUUUGAUUGAAGCGUUGGAAAGGUACAGACCGGAAGAGUCCGCAGGCACGAUGCUAGUUGGGCGGUUUCCUCGCAGGAACCGGUUCAUCUCAGACUACAUCUUCAAGGCGACAGGAAAGCGUAGGACUCCGAAACAGGUCGGGAGCAGGCUGCAACAGCUGAGGGAAACAAGCAGGGACCCGCACAUUGUUGAACUGCUCCAGAAACGAGAUUUCACCACCGAUUUGGAAGUUCAGCGCCUGGGGGACUCAAGUCGCCAAAGCCCUAGUAUAUCAGUUUCGUCACCUGCAUCGACAUCACUCAGUGACACUGAGGAAGCAUCAGCGACCCUCUUGAGCAGCCCCGUCAAGCUUGGAAUAGACUUGACCGCCACCACCUCGACAUUCGACGCCCCCCAAGGCCGCGUAGUCAUAAACUUUCUUCUCGGUGGUCCAUGGAUGGUCGUCGAGACCUCCACCGAAGCAUUCUCGCUUGUCCUAUUCGACGUUGUCUCCUCUCCCUCGGAGAGCCUCGUACAACCCCUCCGCCCUGCCUCGUCGAAGCUCGUUAGCAAGGAAAACCCACAAUUCAUCUUCGAGUCCUCGUCUCACCUUAAACUGAACGAACGCCUCUAUUGCGUCUUCUGUGUAUUCCUUGGAGAAACUAUGGUUCAUACAGAGACCACACCCGUCAUCGCCCUCCCACAGCAGGCUGCCCAAGGAUCACUGUACUCUACGCCUCUGCUUCCCGAAUAUUGGACCGCGAUAUGUAUGGCGCAGAGUAAAGCUUCUCGAUAUACGAUUCUGCAGGAAGUCAGACGAUCUUCCACAGAUACUCGCGUAGCAGACGCUGCAUCUUUCUCUGUCCAUUACGACUUCUACUGCUCAACCACCGUGGCAUACCCUCCGCCUGAAGACAUUGUCCACUGCCGAAAUGUUCCUUCAAACCACCCUCAAGAUACACACUUCGCCUCUCCCAUAACACCCGACCACCAAAUCGAUCAUCCCGCUGCCCAAUUAUAUACCUGGCCGAGGGACAUCGGCCUCCCAUGUCCCAAUAACACUAACCAACUCAGUUAUGAUUCGCAAUCACAGUAUAAUCUUGAAUACCCAUCGCCCGGCAUAUACUUCCCUCCCACAGACCUUGAACUCGAUUACGAUUACUCCAAGAUUCCAUGGUCGACAUACGAUGGCGGCUACCCUCAAUGGCCCGACUACUACUACAGUGCCUAA